AUGGAAGAUAUGAUAUCAGCACCUAAUCUGAUACCAAUGCCUAAAUAUACCAGUGAUAUCGAUGAACUACAGAAUCCAAUCUUCGAAGUUGUAUCUCCACUCCAACUGGCUCAUCAACAUCAUCUCAAGACUAGAAUGUUGCUCGACUUUAUUCUGUUUCUUGCACUUCUAGGCAGUGGUCUCUGGUUAUUCUCAAGUAUUGGUCGCAAUCUUUUAUUAAAAUCGUUUGGUGCUGCAUUCCUCAUUGCUGGCAUUAUGCUAGUAAUAUUGAGUACCUGGUUAGUUCUAACAGGAGCAUCGAUGUUUCGAAAAAUGAAUCUAUUAAAAAUGGGAACUGCUCUGAUUAUACUCGUCAUCGGAAUAGUUCUUGUCGUCAUUGCAAAACAACAGGAUCAGCUAGUCGUCGGCUAUGCUCUGUUUGCCACAGCACUAUUAAUACUGAUAACAAAAUUCUUUUUUCUUGUUGAAGACGAACAAAUUCGAAUUCAACGUUUGGAACGUGAAUUGCAAAGAGCAAAACAAUCAGCAGGUAUGGGUAUGGCUUUGGCUUACUUCUAUAAUUUUAUCGUACCAACGGCGGCAAAUAUUCGAUCGAUUGACGAAGGACACACACCAAUCGACAUGGAAGUAACACGCGGAAAAUUCGAAGAAUAUCAUUUGAAGAAUGGCCAAUUGUUUAUUAUUGUCCCUCGUGAUCUGGACGGUUCUGAUAUGAAAGUAUUUGUAAAAAACCUAUCGUCAUUCCCGAAUCCAUUUGUUAUACAAGGUAAACCAAAAGAACGGCCGGGUAAUGAUACACAUCGUCCAAUGUUCGUAUAUUUUCUCGAAUGGGACCCAGAGAAGAAAGAAUGUAAUGGUUUAUUUGAUAUUCCAACAAUACUAUCCUCGUGCUGGGAUCGUUAUAAAAAUGAAAAAAAGGAUGUUAAACAUUCAAUGAAUAUUGCUGAUGAGAUAAUUAUUUUUCAAAAUCAACUUGUUUCAUUGAUUAAUGAACAUCCAAUAACAUAUGGAAAAGUACGCAUCCUGAGUUUUCCACCAUUACCAUUUGAUUUCUCGUCCAUAAAAUAUACUGUGACACAUUAA